GGGAUGAGGUGUGCGGUCCAGAAAUAGACCCUGUUCACUCGUGGUACCCAUGCGGCGGUUACGGCACCGGGGAACAGUUCUGGCUCAAGGUGUCCUUCCAGCGUCCUGCCAUAGCGUCCAUGGUCAUAGUGUACAUAGGUUCUGAUGGCCUUAUGGAGUACUCCCGCGAGGUGACCACCAUAAAUGUCGAGCUAAUUGAUGAGAAUGGGGAACUGCACCCUGUCGGGCACAAAGAGGUGGAACUCCGUUGUAGAGACAAUCCUGUCGAAAUUGGGGUGCAACAUGAUUUAAGUAAACCAUUCUUUAAAACAAAAGGUGUUUUAAUAAAGUUUACGUCCCCAAAUGUGGCAAUAGCAGCUGUUCGCCUUCGGUCUUCCAAACAUUUGGACCCCAUUACAAUCAGCCAAUGCACGGAUCAAGAGCUGUACAACCCUAGCACUGGACGUUGCUCAGCUUACAGCUGUACACUCCCUGUAUGCGGACAAUAUACUGUCGAAAACGCAGAGGUACACUGCACCGGGACUGAAGAUGGCGACACCUGUGAUUUGACUUGCCAUGACGGUUAUACCCUUAGCCGUUCCCACCAAGAAGAUAUCGUGUGUGUGGCCGGCGUUUGGACAGGGCGGGACCUCAUGUGUGUCCCCAUACAAUGCGGGGAGCCACGAAUUCGGUUUGCCACCAGCGUCUGUCCUGAUGGUACCAGUUUUGGGAACCAGUGCAUCUUUAACUGCAACCCACCAGCUUUGUUAAGAGGUACAGAUAACACGGUCACGUGCGACUCUGAUGGCCUUUGGUCUCUUCCCGUGGCUUACUGCCAGGUAAAGUGUCCGCGCCCACCCAGCCCGACUAACGCCAUGCUGGCCACAGUUCAGUGCAAGGAAAACGAACUGGACCCCGGGACCAAGUGCAAAUUCAGGUGUCAGAGAGGGUACCAUGUCACCUCCAUGGCGAAAUCCAGAAGGACGUUUCACAAGACCUGCAUGGGGGACGGCAGUUGGUUUGGAGCUGAUUGUGAUAAAGUCACGUGCGAUCCCCCGGGUUUACAAUAUUAUGGCCUUUAUGCCUGCACAGACCGCUACGACUCUGGCUCGUCUUGCACCAUGAAAUGCCCAGAUGAAGAGCCAAGACCUUCAUGGACGGGACGUACAUCCAGACUAGUCUCCACGUUUCUGGGAUAUUUUUCUCGACGGUCCCAUGUAAUGACGUCCACUAUAACAUGCCAGAAUACUGGACAUUGGGACAAGGAUUUUGCCCCUUGUACGACCAUUGCCGGUCACUGCCCAAUGCCUGUAGAUGACCAGCUGGACAUUUUCUGUAACGGGACUUCAGUUGGUUCCACGUGCAACGUGUCAUGUAAAGGGCUGUACCACGACCCUGUGCUCCUGGGUAAGCCACAGCGCCAUCUGGAGGGAUAUAUUGGUGAGAGAAAUGUCGUUCGGACGUUAACGUGCACUGGAGGGUUGACAUGGCAACCUGAGAUUACCACUAUUAGGUGUAUGGAGCAGUGUAUUUUGUUCAGUGUUGGUAACGGAUACUGUGAUCCAGAAAACAACCGAGAGCACUGCAAUUGGGACGGCGGAGACUGUUGUCCGUCCACUGUCGAAGGCGGGUUUGUCAUGAACCGUCCCUUGCUCUGCGGCGACUUGUGUCGAUGCCUUGACCCGCGCGCCAAAGAGAACAGACAGUCAUUAGACGCAAGCAAGAGACAACGAGCGAGCUUUGCUAAUAUGAGAAGCUUGGGAAUGCGAGGAUAUUGAUCUGUAUUCCAUUUAGAUGUAAUAUUUGUAUACUAGCACGAUCAUUUAUUUUGAAGUUAAAUGUUUUAUAAAUAAGCACAUUAAUUCUCUUAAGUGAUCAGAGGAUCUUUGUAAGAUAUAAUGGUAAAGAAAUAUCCAUUUAAAAGGAAAAUUAUCUAAAAAGAGAUAAAAUUCGUAUUAUGUGGUAUUUUGUGCUAUAAACUUGCCCACUUUGUCUUUAGAUGUGAGUUAUAAAUUUUGAAAAUAUACAGUUCGCAGUCAAAAAAUGCAUGUUACCUUAACCAACCAAGGCCAGUUAAUGACAAAAAAAAUGAUAUGUAACCGAACGGAAUUUUGACUACGAACUGAGAAUUUAUAACGAUUUUAUAUAUAUAUAUAUCAGUCAUAUUUUAUUACAUGUU